GAAGACACAUGAGAAGUAGCAUCCAAGCGAAAAACACCAUGAGAAACCAACUGAUCUUGGCCACCAUCUGUAUCCUCCUCUGCGUUACCUCAGCACAGGAGGUGGUAUCAAAAGAAAAUGAGUUACUCGAACAAGUAGGAGAACUUCUCCGACUGGUUCUCGAUCUAAGCUUCCAAACAAAGGGCAUAGAGGAGAAAUUCCGACAUCAGCGAGAUGAGAUCGAACGCAUUGAAGGACUCGAAACUACUCUGGUGAAGUUGGAGACUGGCAUUCUGGACAGCAUCAACAUCACCGCCGCGGGUGUCGGUAAUUUGACGGCUUUCAUUGAGGCUGCGCAAGCCCAAAACGACCAGGCCAUUCAGAACCUCACCACGGUGGACGGUGAAAUCCGAAACGUUCUGAGCGAUGUGGAGGCCAACCAAAAUAAAUACGAAAAGGAUCUGGAUCAAGUGGCGGCGUCGAUUAACACACACCUGAGUGAGAUUGAACAACUGCUGCGGGACGCCAUCGUUGGUGGACUAACUGACCUGGACCACAAGACCUUGAUCCUCCAGCAACAACAACAGGAAAUCAACGGCCAGGUUGGCCAUGUACAGGAGCUUAAUGGUCUGGCACGACAAGCCAACUAUAAACUGCAGCAACUGGAAUGCGGCCUUACCAAGCUGAACAGUUCUCAAACGGAAAGCCUAAACACCAUCAAGGGGUCCGUCAUUGGAAUCCAGGUAUCCUCUUCCCAGAUCGAUCAGAAAAUCGGAAUCCUCUUAGAUAACCAGAAAAAUAUUGAAAAGUCCCUGGGAGGAUGCUCAAAGUGGCGGCCUUAUGAGCAAAAAGGUGAUAAAUCUCACGAAGUAUGGACACAUCCAGAACACGUCUCGGAAUAUAAACCCCACCAGGAACACAAACCGAAAUUUGAGACCACCUAUCCAUCUGAAGAAGAAGCGACCUAUCUGUAUAAGCUUUGGUACGGAAAAGGUCCUGAGAAAUCAAAUGGUUAUUAAAAGAAAUAGAAAAAUUUACCACUGAUCCAAGUUUACCACCAAGAUCUUUCCAAUUGCAACGAAUACAAACUAAUAAAUAUAGUUUCUUUUAUAUUUUUGUGAAA